UCCAGACACGCACAUGCACACAUGUUGGCACCGAGUGGGACUCAUUAGUGUCAGUCACGACUCACGACGCAGCUCUGUUCGAACCGCCGCUUUAAGGCUCAUUUCCUGCCAUUGUCACACGGUCGUGAGCAGGAAGCCACAGACCUGAGGCAGUGAGCCGAGCUGAGACGAAGCGAAGCGGGGGUGCUUCUACGCUGCCCACCGCGGACGGUAUAUAAACACGAUGGAUUCAAGUUGCCACUGGAGCGGGACGGAGUCGCGCAGGAAAUGAUGACAGACACCAUCUAAAACUCCACCACACGCACGGGGAGGCUCUCUUUGAGGCUGGGGGAGCAGGUGCUGCACACCACCCACCCAGGAUACCGUCAUUUGUAGAGGAAUGUCGUCCACCAUCGAGAGGAAAACGCUGGAAGCCAAUGAGGAGCCAGUAGACGAGGUACUGCAGAUGCCUCCUUCUCUGCUUACAUGUGGCGGCUGCCAGCAAAGCAUUGGCGACCGCUUUUUCCUGAAGGCCAUCGAGCAGUACUGGCACGAGGAUUGCCUUAGCUGCGACCUGUGUGGCUGUCGCCUCGGGGAAGUUGGUCGCCGGCUCUACUACAAGCUGGGAAGGAAAUUGUGUCGACGAGACUACCUAAGGCUUUUUGGUCAGGACGGCCUCUGCGCAUCCUGCGAGAAGAGGAUCCGAGCAUUCGAGAUGACCAUGCGCGUGCGGGACAAGGUGUAUCACCUAGAAUGCUUCAAGUGCGCUGCCUGCCAGAAGCACUUCUGCGUCGGCGACCGCUACCUGCUCAUCAACUCGGACAUUGUUUGCGAGCAGGACAUCUUUGAGUGGACCAAACUCAACAAUAGCAGUAUGGUAUAAAAGCACAAGCAGCCGGUCUCACAGAGGAACAAUCAGUAAUACAAAGAGCUUUCCUACACAUACAGUACGCUUGGAAACUGUUUUACAUAAGAUAAUCCAAUGUUUGUUGGAAGAUGAUAAUCUGCACAAUGACAGGCAACUCUAACUCAGGACUCACAAAUGAAAAACGAUUAAAAAUUGAUUUGGAAAUACAACUCUGAUGUGCACUAGUUGUUCUCUAAACAAUGGAGGCAUUUCACUUUUAACCCACCUUUCACAAUAUUCUGAGUAAGAAUGACCCGGAAGUAAAAAAAAAAUAAAAAUGGAAAUUAAAAUGGACAACACUUUGUAUAUUGCUUUAUGUGCUGUGUGACCAUCUCUUCGGACUUUGAAUUGGGUGAUUUUGGUGUUCAGCCUGGACUUCAAAUCUAGCUGAAGAACGUGACUUGUGGUUGCAUGUGUCACAAAACUAUAGUAAUGUACUGUUUGUAUCAAUUUAUUGGCUGCAUUUUAAGGCUAGUCAUAUCAUGCCAAAGCUUCUCCAAAUGAAAGCUAGAAUAGCUUAGGGUGACCAAACAUCCUCUUUUGCCCGGACAAGUCUUCUUAU